AUGCCUCAUCAUCAUCCUCAUAAUUAUAUUGAAAAUGUCAAGGAGCUUGACGCCCAAGACGCUACCCCCGUCACCGUUGCGGGCGUCGGAUACAACAGCUUUUUCUCAUCUGCUAUGCCGACGGUCAUCGACGCAAGCACAUCUGGAGGCCAGGGCAGUAUCGAUGCCAACGUCUAUAUCUGCACUUCAACACAACAGGUGCUGAACUCACUGAGAAUUAAUGCUUCCAUAGCUGUUAGCAGCCCCUGGGGUUCUUUCAAGGAAAGGCUUGAGUUUGUAAGCUCACUCAAAACCACCACGACCACGGUUGUCAUAUUAGCUAUUGCAACUUCGGUGACGGAUUCGUCACGUGUAACUGGAGUUACCUUCUACACCCCUUUUACCAAAGCUGCAGACCUUUACGCACGUGGCGGGGACUCGUAUGUUUCGUCCAUUGCCAGAGGUGGCCAGUAUAUGGCUGCUUAUAGUUUCCAUGCCUAUGACGAGGAGACAUUCCAAUCAGUCGUCAACUCGGCUGGGGCCAACUUUUCGGGCCGAAGCUCUUCAUUCUCUGCUUCUUUUGAUACAAAUAUCAGGAAUAUCGCACAAACGACUAAGGUAACUUCGCAGUUUGAUCAACACGGAGUAGGAUUCUCGGCCUCGCGGCUUCAUACACAAGAAAAAAUAGUGGACUUUGUUCUCGACUUUGGUACCAUGAAACUGGACGCUCCUGCUCUCAUUUCGUUCGCCACUACGUCUUAUCGCGCCGUCCAAGACUGCCCAAGUGAUUUUGAUCAGAUUUAUCAGUACCUCAAUGAGUAUAUUGACCCAACCAACAGUGGUAAUGGCUACUCCGAUAUCGAAUUCAUGGCCAAGAUGAGCCUGGCUAUCGUCAAGGACGUUGCACAGACUUACAACUACUAUGGCCUCGGCUCCGUCGACCCGCGGUUUGGCACCGUUCCCUCCGACCUCCACAAGAUCGUGGAUUCGAUCUCGACGUGGAGAAGGGAACCGACUGCCAACUUUGCCCUCAUACCUGGCUCUUUUGUCGCUGGAGGUGACGGCGGGGGGCCAUUCCAAGACAUUACUCCGCAAAUGAUACCAUGGCGCAUCGCUCCCGCGAGCAUUACGAUCUGGGGCGAUCCAAGCAGUUGGCUCACUCGCAUCCAGAUGACAUGGGAAACACAAAAUCUCAAUCAACCUUCUUUCAGUCAUAGUUGGGGACUCGGCCACAUAGACAUUGGUUGUCCAACUAUACAACUUGGGCCUGGCGAGAAGAUUACCCAGCUUGGUGCUGCUUAUUCCUCGACUCAGUUCUUAUGCCGACUCUCAGUCACAACAAGUCAACAGCCUGCUAUCAUCUACCCCGAUGGCAACUCUGGCGGCCGCAUACAGACAUGGACACCACCCGCCAACUCUUCCUUCGUCGGCUUUUCCGGUCGAUGGGGGGCUUAUAUCGACCAGAUCUGCCCCGUCUACGUACAAUUCGCCCCCGCGACGUGGACCAACCUCUACCACUCCAGCAAGCUCUUCUCCCCAACCCAACCGACUCACUUCCUCACUCAGCCAACCCAUUUCCCCCCGGAGAGCGACCUCGUGCCUAGUUAUCCAGACCACCCCUCCGACCCGCACCCCCAACGAAGAAGAAAGGUCUACCUGCAGCGAGGCGGCUGGGAAGGCUGGAUGCAGGUCAACAUCGCGGUGCUCCUUAAAGAAUUCUACCCCAACGUGACCUUGCAGCGCGAAGAGCACGUCUACACUGGCUCUAAUAUGCGCGCCGACCUGACCUUCAAGAUUGCCGGCGAGCCGACCCAGGUCGUCGAGCUGAAGGUCGAAUCGCUCUGGCAAGAUGCUAGUGCUGGCGUGAGCGGCUUCCUGGCAGCAUACAAGAAGGACAUUGAUAAGAUCUCGAAUAAUCAGUUGGUGGCGAGCCUCCGGCCGGCGAAGGUGUAUGUCAUUGGACUCACGUGCAAGGAUCAGGUGUUCCAGUAUAUGCGAAAUUUGAGUAAUUGGUAUCCGUACGCGAACGCGUUUAAGUAUACGUGCCUGGUGCCGGGGACGGGAACGGAGGAUGCGCUUUAUAUGUGGUGUGUUGUGAAAAGUCGGAGGGCAUGA